AGAUGUUCCAGACCCUCUACGGCCAGACCGCUGCUGCCCUCUACGCCAAGGCCGCCGGCCAGAACGCCCAGGCCCGCCAGCUCUACAACGCCUCCGCUGACACCUACUACAAGGCCAACGAUGCUGCUGCCUACGACGACUGGGUCCGCGCCCGCAACCACUGGGACUACUUCUACAACCGCUCGUAAAUCCUAG